AUGUCGGUGGCGGAGCUGCUGCUGCGCGUGCCGGUGGGCGCGCUGCGCUUCGCGGCGUCGCUGGAGCUGGUGGGCUACGCGCUCUCCGCGCUCGUCUUCCUCGUCGGCCUCCUCGCCGGCUUCGCUGCCGCCUACCUCUUCCUCAUCUACCCGCUGCCGCUCACCGUCAAGGAGGUGGAGCAGCGCGCGGCGCCAGCGGAGGGGCUGGACGAGAAGGCGCUGAGAAGGUUCUUCGUGCACCUGCCGCCGUGGGUCAGCAACCCCGACUAUGAGCGGGUGAGCGCGACUAUGAACGGUGUCCCCCAUACAACCCUCGCUCCCCAUGCAUCCCUCGAUCCCCAUACCACCCUCGAUCCCCAUACCACCCUCGAUCCCCAUACCACCCUCGAUCCCCAUACCACCCUCGAUCCCCAUACCACCCUCGAUCCCCAUACCACCCUCGAUCCCCAUACCACCCUCGCUCCCCAUACCACCCUCGAUCCCCAUACCACCCUCGAUCCCCAUACCACCCUCGCUCCCCAUACCACCCUCGAUCCCCAUACCACCCUCGAUCCCCAUACCACCCUCGCUCCCCAUACCACCCUCGCUCCCCAUACCACCCUCGAUCCCCAUACCACCCUCGCUCCCCAUACCACCCUCGCUCCCCAUACCACCCUCGAUCCCCAUACCACCCUCGCCCCCAUACCACCCUCGCUCCCCAUACCACCCUCGCUCCCCAUACCACCCUCGCUCCCCAUACCACCCUCGCUCCCCAUACCACCCUCGAUCCCCAUACCACCCUCGCCCCCAUACCACCCUCGCUCCCCAUACCACCCUCGCUCCCCAUACCACCCUCGCUCCCCAUACCACCCUCGCUCCCCUCUCACUCUCCCCUCCCCGUGCACUCGCGGUAUCAGAGGCGGUGCAGAGGGGCGUGACACCUCUACUCAGCCCCUCCCCGUUACCCCACCAACUCUCCGUUUCCCGCCCUCGCCACUCUUCCCCCACCAGGCGGUAUCAGAGGCGGUGCAGAGGGACGUGAUACCUCUGCUCAGCCGCUGCUGUACCCCUCACUGCCUCUUUGCCUUACACCACUCCCAACCUCACCACUUCUCCCCUCUUGCCGAUCUCUCCCGCACCAGGCGCGCCCUCCUCCCCUCUUCCCUUCCCCUUUCAACUCCCCCCAUCACCCCCCCACCAGCCAUCAAGUCUCUGGAGACGCACGAUGAUGAGGUGAUCAUCCCGCCCGUCAUGCGCUGCCAACGCCCAUCCCUUACCCCCAUUCGCACCCACAAGCAGCCAUCAGAAGCGCUGCCAACUCCCAUCACCUCGCACAACCCCCAUCCCCCACCCCUACUCGCCCCCCCCAACCAGCCAUCAACCAUCAAGUCCCUGGAGACGCAUGACGACGAGGUGAUCAUCCAGCCCGUCAUGCGGUGGGCGGCCAACAACAACAUCGCUGUUACCGCCUCCCUGCACGGCUUUAACCUCUCGCUCCAGCUAACGGACCUGCAUGUGAGGGCAGUGGCGCGCAUAACAGUGAAGCCACUCGUGCCCGUCUUCCCCUGCUUCUCGCGCAUCACCCUCGCGCUCAUGGACAAGGCAAGUCAGGGGGGGGGCGCUCAUGCACAGGCAAGUCAGGGGGGGGCGCUCAUGGACAAGGCAAGUCAGGGGGGGGCGCUCAUGGACAAGGCAAGUCAGGGGGGGGCGCUCAUGGACAAGGCAAGUCAGGGGGGGGCGCUCAUGGACAAGGCAAGUCAGGGGGGGGGCGCUCAUGCACAGACCCACGUCAACCUUGCUCUCAACUCCUCCUCCCCCUCCCUCCGACGUCCCAUCCUCCCCAUGCCCACUGAACGCACCGCCACGUUCUGCCCCAUGUGGACUUUGCUCUACGGGUGCUGGCCCCACGUGGACUUCGCGCUACGAGUGCUGGGACUCGAUAUUAUGGCCAUCCCCGGCCUCUCCAACCUCGCCCAGAAUCUGAUAUCAGACGCCAUAGCAGACCUGUAUUUAUGGCCCAAGACCAUCGAGCUGUAUCACGAAGAGCCCAAGUUGGCGGUGGGGUGGCUGACCAUCGGCGCCAUGCGAGCCAGCAAUCUGCGCAACCUGGGCCUGGUGGGCACCAGCGACCCCUACCUGCACUUUUACCUCACCAGCAGCCACUGGCGUCAUAUGCUGUUUCCUGUCCCUGCACCCGUGCCUCGUGCGCCCUUCUCCAAACCCCAGGUUGGCGGUCGGAUGGCUAACAAUAACCGCCAUGCGCGCCUCCAAUCUGCGCAACCAGGGCCUGGUGGGCACGAGCGAUCCCUACCUGCACUUCUACCUCACGAGCAGCCUGGGCAGCCGCGAGUCCAGUGUGAGGGACAAUGA